UGUCUGAUCCAAUUUCCCGUGUAUCUGAUACUGCAACUAAUGGUCUUGCAAUAGCAGCAACCGUAUCGAAAGAAGCUGCUGUAGUAGCUGAUGUUUUAACACCAUUUAUUCCAUUAAUAUCAGAAAUAGCGCAUAUAGUACAAGAUAUUAUUAAUCUUUAUCAAACUGCUGAACAUAAUAAAAGAAUAUGUGGUUCUUUAUUAUCAAGGGCUACAGCAGCUGAAACUGCUGUUAAUAUGUUAAAAAUACGUAGACUUGAAAAUGAGGAUGUAUUUAAAUCAAAAGAAUAUUAUAGAAAUUUUCAAAAAUUAGUUAUGGUUAUUGGUAAAAUUAAAAAUUUUAUAUCAGAAGUAUCUCAAAUUAAAGGGUUAAGAAAAUUUUUAGCUGCUCAUUCUAUUGAAGAACAAUUUCGUAAUUUAACUGAAGAAUUUGAUGGUUUAAUGCGUGUAUUAAAUUUUACUAUGGCCGUACAAAAUCAAAUUCAAAUGGAAGAAGAUCAAAAAGUAAUUAGAUCGGAUAUUAAAGAAAUGACUAAAUAUUUACAAACAAUUGAAGGUGGUAUCGUUAAUGAAUUGAAAGAAAUUAGUUCUUCAUUAGAUGAUAUUACUCAACUUAAUAUAGCUUGGCAAAAAAAGGUUUUACAUGAUGAUGAUAAUGUUUUAGCAUCCGCAACAAUUAAGAUUACGGAAUUACAUGAUCCUCCUGAAACGGUAAAAAGAGGAACAAAAGUUUAUAAAAAAAUUCGUAUGGGAGAGGAAGUAGCUAUUAAAGAAAAAAUUUUGGGAAAUGAUGAAAAGAAACUUAUGAAUGAUAUCCUUAGUCAAGUGGUUAUUUUAAAGAAAUUAAAAGAAUCUCAAUAUAUUCUUCAAUUUUAUGGUAUUGCACAAGAUGCUAGUGCAAUGUAUAUGGUAACAGAAUGGUGUGAAUAUGGUAAUUUACAAGAAUAUUAUCAAGGUUAUGGUCCUCUUGAUUGGCAUGUAAAAACUCAACUUGCUGUUGAUGUCGCUCGUGGGUUAACUUUUUUACAUACUGUGGCCAUUUUACAUCAUGAUAUUCGUUCUGAGAAUAUUCUUAUCACUAUUCAUCAUCAAGCGAAACUUGCUAAUUUUACUUUAAGUCGUGGAUUUAAUGAUCCUACUAAAAACAUGAUGCCUACAAUUGAUACUGUUAGAUGGAUGGCACCUGAAAAAUUGAGAGAUCAUAGAAAAAAUCCUUAUACUGCUAAAUGUGAAAUUUAUAGUUUUGGUAUGUUAUUAUGGGAAAUUGCAGAGGAAAAAUUGCCCUUUCAUAAUGAAAAAGAUAUAUUAGAAAUUAGAAACCUUGUCGUACAAAAAAUGGUUCGUCCGGUAUUUAACAAUAGUGUUCCACAUGAAUGGGUUAAAAUUUCUCAUAAAGCAUUACAGGAUAGCCCAUCCGCGCGUCCCCCACUUAAAGAUAUGUUCAUGACACUUAAUCAUCUUUAUAGAAAAUUCUUACCUUCUCAACCUAUAAGACCAACUUUAGUAAAAUUACCAACAGAAGAAGAUUUACCAAGUGAUGAUGAUGAUGAUUUCGCUAUCGAAGAUUUUUCUGCUAAUAAUAUUUUAACAGUUAGGGAAGCAGUAUUAGAACAUAAAAGGAGAGAUGGUGAUAAAUUAAAGGCCUGGGAAAGUUUCAAAUAUUAUGCUGAAGAAUUUAGUGAUGUUACAGCAAGUUAUUGGAAAGGAUAUUAUUUAUAUUAUGGACUUAGUCCAAUUAAUAAUCCUUCAGAUACAGAAGAAAAGAGACAGAGAUUAGUAGAAGCAGCCAAAUUAUUUAAAUCUGCAGCAGAUUUUGGAUUACCGGAUGCUCAAUUAAGAUAUGGUCAUUGUUUAUGGUCAGGUGAUGGCGUGAAGAAAAGUAUUCCACAAGCAAUUGAAUAUUUUCAAUUGUCUGCCGAUAAUGAGAAUUCUACUGCCAUGUAUAAUAUUGGUAACGUUUAUUAUCACGGUCUUGGCGUGACAAAAGAUGAUGAAAAAGGGAUAAAAUAUUUAAGAUUAGCUGCAUUAAGGGAACAACCUAAAGCUCUUGAAAUGUGUAAACAGAAGGGUAUCUCUUUAGUUUAGGAUUAUGUGGUUUAUUUAUAUAUAUAUAUAUAU